AUGAGCAGCAUUGGCUUUGAAAAAUGUGUGUCUGAACAUGGGGUAUACGUUCAGUGUUAUGAGAAGAAGGACAAGAAGGAUAUGGUAAUUGUGUGCCUGUAUGUAGAUGAUAUGUUGGUUACAGGCAGCAGUGAUGAGAGAAUUAACAAGUUCAAAGCUCAGAUGCUACAUGAGUUUGAGAUGAGUGAUUUGGGUAAACUGAGUUACUUUCUUAGGAUUGAAUUUACUACAACUGAUACAGGUAUGAUGAUGCAUCAGUCUAGAUACAUUACAGACAUGUUAACUAAGUUUAACAUGGAUCAAUGCAACUCUGCUACUACUCCAGCAGAGGUGGGCAUAAAACUGGAGAAAGAUCCCGAGGAAGAAGCUGUUGACCCGACUGAGUAUAGAAGAAUGGUUGGAAGCCUAAGGUACUUGUGUAAUACAAGACCUGAUAUUAGCUACAGUGUGGGAUUGGUCAGCAGAUUUAUGCAAAACCCCAGAGUGUCUCAUCUAAAUGCUGUAAAAAGGAUUCUAAGGUAUCUAAAAGGUACCAUUGAAUAUGGAAUUUUGCUGCCUAAACAUGGAUCAGGAGGAGAGGUAAGAGUAAUUGCUUACUCUGACUCGGAUUGGUGUGGAGACAAGGGUGAUAGGAAGAGUACAGCAGGGUAUGUUUUUUUCUUUGAUGGGGCACCUAUUUCCUGGAGCUCUACAAAGGAACCUGUUGUAGCUCUGUCAUCAUGUGAAGCAGAGUACAUUGCAGCAUGUGAAGCCACUUGUCAGGCAGCCUGGCUUGACUCACUGAUGAAGGAGUUAAAAAUUGAAGGGAGAGGGAAGGUCAAACUGCUUGUUGACAACAAGUCAGCCAUUGACCUGACUAAACAUCCUACUUCGCAUGGUAGGAGCAAACACAUUGAGACACGAUUUCAUUUUAUCAGAGAGCAAGUCAGCAAGAAGAAGCUAGAGGUGGUGUUCUGCAGAUCUGAAGACCAGAUUGCAGACAUUCUUACCAAAGCACUGAAAGGGGAACGCUUUCUAAAACUUAGAAAGCAGAUCGGAGUAGAAAAAUUGAAGAUUUCACCGAUCAAUCGGUGA